CUAGUCACUGCCAGGAAGUGUGUUCGCAACCGUGAAAACUCGUUUGUUUGAAAAACCAUCAAAAUGUGUUGUGCCGAGUUUUUAGUAAAAUAUAUCCUGUUCUUCUUUAACUUUGUAUUUACGCUCGCGGGCAUAGCGCUCAUCGGGCUGGGCAUAGCCGCGCUGGUGCAGAUCAACCAGAUCGUCGACCUGAUCCCCGUCCCCAUCAAUGGCAUCCCCAUCGCGAUCAUCGUGCUCGGCAGCAUCAUCUUCGUCAUCGCCUUCUUCGGCUGCUGCGGCGCUAUCAGGGAGUCCAGAUGUCUGCUUACAAUGUAUUUCAUAUGCAUGGCCAUAUUGGCUGCUGGCAAAAUCUACCUAGCGACCGUGAUCUUCGGUGCUCUGGACACACUCCAGUCUACCGUGGAGGGAUGGGUGGACACCGCCUUCGAAAAAGAAGACCUCAGGAAGGUCUUCCACGUACUUGAGGAAGUAUUCCAAUGCUGCGGUACAACGGGGCCAGGGUCUUACGUGGGCGUGUACCCCAUCCUGCCGCCGACGUGCUGCGCGAGCGGCGUGGCCGAGUGCACCGACGAGCUGGCGUUCGGCGGCUGCCGCGCCCGCCUCGGCAGCUACUUCGAGAACUUCGGCGAGGCCAUCGCCGCGGUGCUGAUCGUCGUCAUCGUUGUUGAGUUGGUGGCGAUGCUGUUCGGUAUGUUUAUGUGCUGGUCGGUAUCGGAGAAGAGACAGAGGGGCAGGUACUACUGAGCAGGCAACUAUAUCUAGAGACCGAUGGGAAUCAUGUAAUGUUUUGACAAAAAAGUAUAAGAUCUACUUAAUGCUAAGUAAUGAAUCAUUCUUUCUUCUCCAAGCUUCCGUUCUGUGGUAUGGAUCCCUAGUCAUGUAUAGAUAUUAGACACCACUGACCGAAUCAUAAAUGAUUUAUUGCCAUUUUUUAUUACAAACAAACAAACUUUUGACACAUAAAAUGUAUUCUUCUUGUGAUCCCUAUUUUAGAAUUAACGAGUUAUCAACGUUAAUUAGUGUAAUGACAAUUUAAAAUUAAUAUAAGAAUCCUGCCUGAGUAUUAAUUAGCACAAAGUUACCUAUAAUUUUGUAAAUAUAUGAAUUCAGAUUUAAAUGUUUGGUUAUCGUAAUUUCAUAG